UCACCACUCACCUCUGCUCUGGGAUGUCAAAGUCAUUGUGUUACUCUUAAAGAGCCUGAUACACCAAAGCCAAUUUCAAACCGAGCACCAGAACAGCCUUCCAUGUCCACCCAAAGAGCCCUCUGGUUCGUCGCCAGCAAAGCUAGCAAAAAACCUUCACCACAAGGCACCCAAGGCGGCACCAUCUACAUCCACUGCCACGUCAAACCAGGCGCGAGCAAAACCCGCGAAGGCGUAACCUCCAUCACCGACGAAGCAGUCGAGAUAUGUGUUGCCGCGCAGGCAAAAGAGGGAGAGGCGAAUAAAGCUGUGGUCAAGGUUUUGAGUGAGGCUCUCAAUCUCCCCAAGUCCAACCUCGAGAUCACUCAGGGCCUCAAGUCCAGGGCCAAGACCAUUGCUGUUGCUGCCCCUGGGUCAUGGGUUGGUGGUAGUGGCGGCGAGGAGGAGUGCCUUGAAAGGGUGAAGGCGAAUUUGAACAAGGCGACCGAGGCGUGAUGUUGUGGUCAGAUGAUGCCCUCCAGACAGCUAGUGCCAUUUGGAUGAUCGUACCAUCGUC